GUGCGUCGCUCCGCGCCCGCGCGUGUCAAUGGCAGCCGCGCGUCCUGGAAGAAGUUGGUUCUUUUCCCGAAUACUUUUCCUGCGCAGCCCCGCCCCUUGAGUCAGCAGCGGCUGUCUACUCCUGCGGCCCGAGUCAGGCCGGUGGAGUUGGGGCAGCUGUCAAAAUCGAAAGGGGAGGUUUUUUUCUUCCCUGGGGUGGAGGAGGGAACGGCGUGGUGUGUUUUUUUUUUUUUCCCCCAUCUGUUGCAAUUUCCUAACUAAACGCACCCCCGCCAGACCCGGGAAGAAAGGCCCAAGGGAGCAACUCAGGGCUGGUGUCGCCGCCGCCAAGCCGGGGAUGCGGGCGGCGGGCGCGCGGCGGGGACAAGGGAUCGCGUUCCUGGGCUCGGCCGUCCCCACGAGGGACCGGUGACAGCCGCCCCGGGGGCGCGGGGUGAGGCGGCGCGGCCCGGGCGCUCAGAGCGGUCCUCGGCUGCUGGAAGGUGUUGUGGCCGCGUCUGGCAGUGAGACUGAAGAUGAUGACAGCAUGGACAGUCCCCUGGACCUCUCCUCUUCUGCUGGCUCAGGCAAGAGAAGGCGGAGGGGCAACCUGCCCAAGGAGUCCGUUCAGAUUCUCCGCGAUUGGCUGUAUGAACACCGAUACAACGCCUACCCCUCAGAGCAAGAAAAAGCGUUACUGUCCCAGCAAACACACUUAUCUACACUACAGGUCUGUAACUGGUUUAUCAACGCCCGGCGCAGGCUUCUCCCUGACAUGCUGAGAAAGGAUGGCAAAGAUCCAAAUCGGUUCACAAUUUCCCGCCGUGGGGCCAAGAUGACUGAAGCCAGCUCUGUGGAGUCAGCAGUGAGCAUUAGGAACCUCAUGCCAGCUCUAGAGGAGAGCCCGUUUCACUCUUGUACAGCUGGGCCCAACCCAGGCCUGGGGAGGCCACUGUCUCCUAAGCCGUCCUCCCCAGGAUCCAUUUUGGCUCGUCCAUCAGUGAUCUGUCAUACCACCGUGACUGCAUUAAAAGAUGUGCCUUUCUCUCUCUGCCAGUCAGUUGGUGUGGGACAGAACACAGAUACACAGCAGAUGGCAAACAGCAGCUUUACAGACACCUCCCUCAUGUACGCAGAGGACUCCUGUAGGUCUGGACCAAGUGCAAACACACAGAGUGGUCUUUUCAACACUCCUCCCCCUACUCCACCGGACCUCAACCAAGAUUUCAGUGGAUUUCAGCUUCUGGUAGAUGUUGCACUCAAACAGGCUGCAGAGAUGGAGCUUCAGGCAAAACUUAUGGCUUAACCCCCCCUUUUUUUCCCCAAGCAAAAGAGUUCUCAAAAACAAAUGUUAUGAUUGCUGGGAUGAUAGCAAAAGAUGAAUUUGCAUUAUUUUAUAUAUUUUUUUAUUAAUAUUUGCACAUGGGAUUGCUAAAAAUGAAGCUUCCUGUUACUGAAAUGUCGUCAAUGGAAUACAGUCAUUCCAAGAACUAUAAACUCAGAGCUACUGUAGAAACAAAGGGUUUUCUUUUUUUAAUGUUUCUUGGUAGAUUAUUCAUAAUGUGAGAUGGUUCCCAAGAUCAUGUGAUUUUUUUUUUUCCCCCCUUCCCUUCCCUUUUUUUUCGUUGGUAUUUUUUUCAGACUGUGCAAUACUUAGAGAACCUAUAGCAUCUUCUCAUUCCCAUGUGGAACAGGAUGCCCACAUACUGUCUAAUUAAUAAAUUUUCAAUUGUUUUUUCAAACAAGUA